UGGAAGGAAGGAGGUUUCGCAUUUCACCGCUGAGUCAUGGCCAGAACCAAGCAGACGGCGCGCAAGUCCACCGGCGGGAAGGCCCCUCGCAAGCAGUUGGCCACCAAGGCUGCCCGCAAGAGCGCUCCGGCCACGGGCGGGGUGAAGAAGCCGCAUCGCUACCGGCCGGGGACCGUGGCCCUGCGCGAGAUCCGGCGCUACCAGAAGUCCACGGAGCUGCUCAUCCGCAAGCUCCCCUUCCAGCGCCUGGUGCGCGAGAUCGCGCAGGACUUCAAGACCGACCUGCGCUUCCAGAGCUCGGCCGUCAUGGCCCUGCAGGAGGCCAGCGAGGCCUACCUGGUGGGGCUGUUCGAGGACACCAACCUGUGCGCCAUCCACGCCAAGCGCGUCACCAUCAUGCCCAAGGACAUCCAGCUGGCCCGACGCAUCCGCGGGGAGAGGGCUUAAGAAGGUGCUCCGAGUCCCCUACCCCCACCAUCCCAAAGGCUCUUUUCAGAGCCACUACUUUGCCUUGAAGUAGCUGGAGUUGCACAAUAUGCAUACAAAUGCCUUUUUUCUCACAAUGCGAAGCGGAAGUGGCUUAUAAUUCUUUCCGCCCUCAACCCAGUAGUGAGUUAGGCUGAGUUUUAAAAGUAACAUUGGGGUUUUUAAAAAAAAUAAAAAAUAAAGCAGCCCUUCGGGGGAGGGGCAGUAUGCAAAAUCAAUUAUAAAUAAAUUUUUGCAUCUGUUUUUGAUCUUUUCAAAAGCAGCAAACUGCAAAAAUACAUGAUAAUAGGGGAUUUUAUAGGCUUUUUA